UCCCGUGCUCCAUAGGGGUGUGCUUAAACCCGGAAGUCUCUGGCUGCCACCUCAGCUGGGCGUCGUUGGGGCGCUGAGGAGCGGAGCUGCUGCGGCCCGGCCGGAAACAUGGCGGGGAUCAAAGCGCUCGUGGGGCUGUCCUUCAGCGGAGCCAUCGGGCUGACGUUCCUCAUGCUGGGCUGUGCCCUGGAGUACUACGGGUGAGCGUGUCCCCAGCCUCCAUCCUGCCUCAUAACCGGGGCUCCCC